ACUAUUGCCCCACCCCUGAUUUUCCAACGCAUGUUGGAGUUGCUGAUUACUCUGUGACUUUUCCUGUGGAGAAUGGCACUGUUAUUGAGCUGAAAUGUAAUCCAGCACGAUAUGAGAUGAUUGGAGAUCCACUGACACUAUGUAUAAAUAUGACAUGGACAACAAUGCCUAAUUGUACAGAACCAACCACUGAAUUCACAUCACUGGAAGCAACCACUGAUUUCACAUCAUUGGAAGCAACCACUGAUUUCACAUCAUUAGAACCAACCACUGACUUCACAUCAUUGGAACUGACCACUGAUUUCACAUUGGAACCAACCACUGAUUUCACAUCAUUGGAACCAACCUCUGAUUUCACAUCAUUAGAACUGACAACUGACUUGAUGUCAUCAACAUUGCCACCUAGUACUGAAAUAACAUCAAUGGGAACAACAACUGAUAUUACUAGUCCUCAUACUUCAACAUCUGUAACUCCCCAUAAAUCUACUACAGAUGCUGCAACAUCAUUUCAAACAACAGCAG